GGAGCUGGAGCAAACUCAUCACUGUGGCCCUUUUGGCUUUGUGACACUUCCUUUUGGUGUGUGUGUUUUUUUUAAGAGCAGAAGGUUUUGAUUUUAUCACUGGAUUAAUUAUAUUUGUAUUACAUUUUUUUUAGAAGGACAUAAGAUAUAUGUGGAUGUUGGCAACAGUAAAACUGUGAAAUUUGUGCUAGACCAGCUGCUUAUUGGUUUUAGUUUAGUUGCCACCAUGACGUCUGUGGAAACUGGCCAUGGUAUUGGCCUUAUUCAAGUUCGAAUUGAGUCCUUGAGCAGCAAAAUGGACGCCCUCAUAAGCAUCCAGGAGAAGGUGCUGAGUCGUCUGGACAGCAUGUCUGAAGAGCUGGACGGUAUCGAAAAGGAUGUGGAAACUCUGAAAGUGGAUAAGGAGGAAAUUCCCUCGCCUCCAUCAGGCCGUGUCGGCGGGCUGGCACGGAGCGUCGGUGGCGAGAUGAAGGAAGUGCUUCGGGACUUGAACAGCAUCAUGACAGCGGUGAACGAGCGCUCAGAGAAGCAGGUCCAGAAGCUUGAGGGCAUGGAACGCCUGGUCCUGAGCAUUCAGCAGGUGGUGGGCUUCAUCAGAGAAAGCGUCAAGACCUCCAGGAUCACGGAGCUGCUGUUCAGGAGGCCAGCAGUGCGCAAGAACAGAGCGGGACUCAAGGGCAGAUGGCCGGCUAGGAGGCAGGCCCAGGGUGAUGCUCUGCUCGCCAAGCCGAAGGAUCAGAAAGGUAAAGUUGGGAAGGAGAAGUCUCGCUUCAAAGGCCUGAAGGUGCCAAAGAAAAAUAAGCCGUCGGAUGCCACAGACGCUGCUUCUCUGAGGAAACAGGCCCUGCUGCUGGAGGAGGUCCAGAAGCUGAACCGAGAGAAUGACGAGCGCUCCACGGCACCUCCCGCACCGGAGACUGAGACGCCUCUCAGCGAGGACCUUCUGAACUUCAUCCUGGAGGAAGCCAAGGCCCCUGUGGCUGAGCCAGAGGAGUUCUUGGAGGAAGAGGAGGAGGAGGAGAACGUCGAGAAGGAGCCGGAACAUGUCGAGGAGCCGAAAAAGGAGGAGAAAGUGGAGGGCGUGACAGUGGAGGACACCCAGGAGAGACCUGAGGAGACGGAUGUGGAGAGAGGAAAGGAGAUGGCACAGAGGCCCGGGGAAGGAGGGAAGGAAGAGGUUUCUGCUGCUGUCACUGGUGUUGAAGCUGAGGACCCAGUCACGCUACAGAGCCGCGAACCGGAGCAAGCAGACGAGAUGACCGCUUGCAGCAAGUACCGUGGGAUGGAGGGGGAGGAGCACAAGAACCGCAGGGCGAAGGAUGGGGGUGACAAAGCCCCAGACCGCUGUGACAGGCCGCGGGACCUUCGCGGGGUUUUCAAAGCGGACGGAGUGGAAAUCAACUUGGACUUCAGCAACAAGAAGAAGCAGGAGGAGGAGAGAGCUAAGGAAAAUGAGCUGGAGCAGUUCUUCAUCGACUGCACUCCUCCUCCUCCUGCACCCUUCAGCCACCGUGUGGUUUCAGCCAAACCCAACCAGAUCAGCAACUUCUACACCAUCAACCGCCAGGAGGUCCUUGGAGGUGGUCGGUUUGGUCAGGUGCACAAGUGUGUGGAAAAUUCAUCUGGGCUGACGCUGGCGGCUAAGAUCAUUAAAGCACGCACUCAGAAGGAAAAGGAUGUGGUGAAGAAUGAGAUUCAGGUUAUGAACCAACUAGACCAUGCCAACCUGAUCCAGCUUUACGCCGCUUACGAGUCCAGGGCCGACAUCAUCCUCGUCCUUGAGUAUGUGGAUGGUGGGGAGCUUUUUGACAGAAUCAUAGAUGAGAACUAUAAGCUGACAGAACUGGACACAGUGAUGUUCAUCAGACAGAUCUGUGAGGGUCUGCGUCACAUGCACAAAAUGUACAUCCUACACCUGGACCUGAAGCCAGAGAAUAUCCUGUGUGUUAGCAGACUCACAAAUAAAAUCAAAAUUAUUGACUUCGGCCUUGCGAGAAAAUACAAACCCCGGGAGAAGUUGCGGGUAAAUUUUGGCACGCCAGAGUUUCUUGCUCCAGAGGUGGUGACCUACGAGUUUGUGUCAUUCAACACGGACAUGUGGAGCUUGGGAGUGAUCGCUUACAUGCUCCUAAGUGGCCUGUCUCCAUUCCUCGGGGAUGACGACAACGAGACGCUGAACAACAUCCUGGCCUGCCAGUGGAGCUUUGAGGAGAGCGAGUUCCUGGGCAUUUCCGAGGAGGCUCGAGACUUCAUCUCCAAACUGCUCAUAGUAAACAAAAGCUGGAGGAUAGGUGCCAGUGAAGCGCUGAAGCACCCCUGGCUCUCAGACCCUGUCCUGCACCAGCGACUGCGUGAACAGAGAAACAUGUGCAGAUCACGUAGAAAUUCAUGCGUGCCUCCCCCAGAGAUCUGAUAAGCCUUUAGAAACACCCUGGCUUUCAUGCUGUCAACGGGAGCCAUAUGGACCAAGUCUGCUGCCCCUGCAGUCGAUGGACUUUACUUGCAUACGUGUGUCUAGCUGCUAGCCUGUGCUGUUGGGACACCUUGUUACACAUAUCUUGCUCUUCUGGUCAUUGCAGUUACAUUUUGUUUUCCGUUUGCCUAAAAUCCUCUCUUGGUCGCAUGGGUGAUGUUCAAAAGGUGCUCCAAAAAAAAGAGAGAGAUUUGUUAAUGUUAUUAACCCUGCGUUAAACCCUUUUUGAAAACUAAACGGGAAUUAAUAAGUGGAGUUUUCACGAGGAGCAGGGGAAUCGGUGCAAUAUUCCUAUUCCUUGGCCAUUUCCCAGAAGUUUCUGGAGAGAUUAUUUUACAAAGAUACUGAAUGCAAGAACGUUCCCCAAAUGAGCGACUCAACCCAGACGGCCUCGUUCAAACAGAGGCAUGUGGAUUUUCUCUGUGCAGCGUUCCAUAUUAGCGGAAUGUGAUGUAAUGACCCUGUAUGAAUAUGCAGUGUUGCUGAACAUACCGCAGGAAAUAUAUGCAUGCAAAACAGGAAGAGAAACUCCGACUGAAAAGACCAGAGGGGAUUCUGAUGUGUAACACUCGUCCACUGUCAAGCUGGUGGAGAAAAGGCCGGAGACGUUUGGACUGUUUGUGUUGACGGGUCCCAAUCGAUCUGUUCAUGAUACUGGGUUAUGAUGUUAUUAUAAGAUGUAUGUAUUAUUGCCAGAUCGGAUGCAAGAGCUCUUUGUAAAAAGUAAAAAUGGAAUGCUGAAACUAGUAGAUUAGAAUGAGAAGAUUUUAAUAUAUCCUUUACUCACAUGCUAUACAUAAUCGCAAACCUUUUUUCAUAGGCUGUUGUAGUUUAACACAACUUCCAUGCCUAAAAUCUAUAUGUACAUAAUGUGGAUGCAAUGUGAAGAUAUUUGAGAAUUGCAGUGAUAAAUGAAUAUAGUUUGGUCUCCUCUAAUUGUGCAAAUUUUCAAGAUACCCUUCUCCUCUGUGUCGGUUCCUCAACUGCUAGACUUGCAAGAGCUGACUUUGCUGUGACAUCCUACGUCAGCCUCUCUCGUGAUGUAUUCAAGCUGCUAGAGGUGCAAUCAUAGCAUGACACCAGAGCCUUUUCUUACAUUUAGGAACCGUGUCAACACUGUUGCACAGUAUUUGCAUUGCCGUGGUUUUCCGGCUGAUAACUAGGGUUGUUUUGGCAUGCUUUCUGACGCGCUUCUGUAUAGCUCGCAGACAUGACACAAAAACAUGGGAAAAAAAGUACAAGCACAAAACAAACCAAGCAGGCAAACAAACAAAAUGUUGGUUUUUAAUUUUUUUUUCUGUGAUUGUUGAGGAUUUACGUGGAUGCGUUCUCCUGUCACACUAUCUGUGCACUUUAUGAUUUUAUUUAUUUUUAGAGAUGAAUUAGCAGAUUUUAAAAAGACAGUAGUCUCGAGUGCUUGUUUUGUAUGCCAGAAACUUUCCAUGUUGUAAAUGGGUGAAUGACUGAUGAAACACAACCAUUUUUACAGUACAAUAAAGUAAUUAUCAUA